AUGGAACGCAGCAGCGACGUGGUCAAGCUCUCAGCCUACACACCACUGUUGCAACAUUUCGGUUUCGCCCAUUGCCAACAUUGUACAGGUUUGAUCCUAGCCCCGGGUCCGUCGACAUCGUCAUACGUGCAGAAGAUGUUCUCCACCAAUCGAGGAACAGCUAUCUUCUCCGUUAACACCACAGCCAAUUUCGCAUCUUUGUACUGGGGUGGCGUCUAUAAUGACACGUUCUACGUGUAA